AUGCAAGAUUUAAGACGGGACCAUAUGUCAUUUUGCUUUCAUUUUUGGUUGUUGAAUCAUCCGGGGAUAUCUUGGUUUCGGGUCUUUAUAUUGUCCCUCUUAGUUCUCCCCCUAAAAAUACAAACAACCUACCAUCAUCGGACCUCCUCUAAGCUCCUCACAGGUUUCUAUCCCCAUGGAUUUGGAAGAUGUUUGACUCAGAAAAGUCAAACUGCCACUCAUGACUUCCUUCCUGCAAAACAUCUUUCGUUUGUACAGAGACGAUGGGCGUCUCAGUCUGCCGCCACUGAAGAUACCGGCAAGAUCACCAUUGGACCUCCUAAAGGUCUAGAUUCAGAAAAAGACGAUAAAGAUUCAGGAGUCGUCUACUACGGGCCAAUAUCAAACACCAUAAAGAAAGUCAAACUUCUUUCACUAUCCACCUGCUGCCUUUCCGUAUCUUUAGGACCCGUAAUCACCUUUAUGACCUCACCCGAUAUGAACGUGAUCUUGAAAGGUGCAGUUGCAUCGUCUGUUAUAUUCUUGAGUGCUUCCACUACUUUGGCCCUUCAUUGGUUUGUGAGCCCUUACAUUCAUAAGCUGAGGUGGCAGCCUGGUUCAGACACGUUCGAGGCCGACAUGAUGACGUGGCUAGCAACCUUCGUGACUAAAACUAUUAAGUUUUCUGACAUUAGGCUACCGCAAACUAAUAGGCCUUUUGUGACGUUUAAGGCUAAUGGCGAAUUUUAUUUUGUGGAUGCUGAUCACUGUCAUAACAAGGCGCUUUUAGCAAGAUUAACACCGACAGCAAAGGCGACACAAGAUUCGGCUCUCAAGAACUUGUGAUGUCAAUACGCUAUGAUUUGAUUUGAUUUGCUUUCGGGAAGUGAAAUGGAGAUGGUGGGUUUCAAAUAUUGAGCCUUUAGAAAUAAAUUUGGAUACAAUACUGUUUUGAGAAUUUACUUUUAUUUUUUAGAA